AUGAUUCAACUCCUGACCGAAAGGGUAAAAACUACAGCUGGGCACAUGAGGACCAAUAACUAUUCAGUGCAAAAAUAUUUUAAAAACAGUGUUCAGAUUUGCAAGGUACAGCUCCAGACUUCAGUAAAAGUACUAUCUAAGACAACAGAUGGUCAUCCCAUAGAUGCCUUUAGCAGAGAUGAAAUGAAUUUACCUUUAACUGUAAUGUUUUGAGACAUUAAAACUUCACAAGAUAUCCUUCUGAGCCAAUUGACUGACAUUGUUACUGCCACGUCCACAAUCCAAGAAAAAAUUGACACUUAUCAGAAGCCGAUGGAAGGGAUAGAAACCAGGGUGAGUGUUAAUGAAGACAGGCAAUCCAAAAUGGCUAAUGUCCUCUUAAUAAAAGAAGAUGUCACAGUUUUGAGGAAGAUAGCCAUAGAUUUCGAAGCUCAGAGUCUGUGCUCCACCUUGCACUGUGUAGAGAUUGCUGAUGGAGAGAAGAGCAGAGAAGUAGAGGAACUGAUCUACAAUGUCACGGGACCUACAAUACAACAAAAUUAACUGGUGGCCACAGCUGAACUAGAGGAAGUCCAUGGCACAUCAGGAUCUAGAUCCCACCAAGAUGGAAAAGCUGGCUCCCAGAUGAUAAAAACCUUGAAGGAAAACAGUCAAGAAAAUUCAGUGAGGAGCUUCAAGAAAGAAAAUUCAAAUAUCUAUAUUUAUCCAGACUUCAGUACAUGGAAACUCAUUUUUGUCCAUGGAGGGAAGUGGAGAUUUUUUCUCAGUGCUAACACACUGGAAGAAUUCAUCCAAUGGGUCCUUACUAGGCCAGCAGUCUUCCCUGGAAAGCCCCAGCUCAUAGUCCAAAGACAUUAUACAUUUUCUGGGCCUUUCAUAUGCCUGACUACCUCUACUGCUUUUUUUCAUUCUGCAAAAGAACAAGUAACUAGAAUGUAG